CUGCAAAAGCAUUUAACAGCACUCCAUGAACAAUGACAGUUGCAGCGUCUCAGGCCAGAAGGUAUCCAGAGACAGAAGGACGGCGCUGAUCUGGUUCCCCGGGAAGCUGGAGUUUCUCUCUUAGAGUUCCUGCUGCUGGACAGAAAGUUCGGAGACAAUGUAACUGAGCCUGGACCCUUCAGGAUAGCAUGUGCCUGAAUGUAAAAGCUACUGGGGACACCGCUCAGCCUUCAGGAAACCGGUGGCCUUGCUUCCCAACUCGGGCUACGACCGCAGGCUCGGAAUGUGUGCUGAUGAUCGUUCCCGGCGACUGAAGCGAGAAACAUAUUGCAAAGAACUUGGAUGGACUUGGUCCAGUGAAUAGCCGUGCAGAACUCUCCUGAACGACCUGAAGGAAGCUGUCAAAGAAGAAAUGGAUGUCUUUGGUGGUGCACCGCGUUUCUUAGCCUAUCCAAGACCUGUCAUGGUCCAAAGCGGGACUGACGCAGUUCUUAAGUGUCAGAUUGGUGGCGAUCCACGACCCGCUGUUAUCUGGGAGCGAAACAACGAAAAGAUUGACCCUCAAGGACGAUAUAGGGUCUUUGAAGAUGGCAAUGUUUACAACCUCAUCAUUUCAGCUGUUACUAUUGAGGACAGCGGCCAAUACAUUUGCAAAGCUAAGAACAGCAUUGGGGAAACCUAUGCCGCUGCCACCCUAAAGGUAGAAGGCGAGGCACAAGAGAUGGAGCUCAGAGAGGAAAACAAGCCGCGAUUCCUCAUCAAGCCUCUUUCCACCCGUGUCGGUCGUGGGGAAGACGCUGUCUUCUCCUGCAAACUGUGGGGAAACCCACGACCAGAAGUGGUCUGGGAAAAGGAUGGCAGAAAACUCAAUGAAAUAUUUGAGAGCACACAUUUCAGUGUGGGCUACCAGGAUGGGGGAUGGUUCCAGCUCAAGAUCUUCAAGACUCGCGCUCCGGACGGAGGAGUGUACACGUGCAAAGCUCGAAACGAGUUUGGGGAAGCACUUGCAGGAGCAGUGUUGCUCGUCGAUGCAGGUCCUGGACAUGAUGAGGAAGGAAACCGUAAUGGCUACACUAAUGGCCAUUGGAAAGUCCAUCAGGGAAAACAAAGGACUGGUAGACAAGUGCCACCCCGACUAAAGGAUGACGCCAUGACAAAGUCCACCAAAGUAAAAAUGUUUGCUGUGACUGAGGGCAAACAUGCCAAAUUCCGCUGCUUUGUGACCGGAAAACCGAAACCAGAAAUAAUCUGGAGAAAAGAUGGCAGACUUAUACUGUCCGGAAGGCGUUACUUGUUGUACGAAGACAGGGAGGGCUACUUCACCCUCAAAGUUCUGUAUUGCAAGCAAAAGGAUAAUGGAGUUUACGUAUGUGCUGCAUCAAAUACCGCAGGGCAAACCCUCAGUGCUGUACAUCUCUCUGUCAAGGAACCUCCUGUCCGGUUUAAGCAACCUCUCUAUGACCUUGAAGUUUGGGAACGGGAUUUAGCUGUACUAGAGUGUGAAGUCCCAGAAGACUCUGUUCCCAUCACAUGGUAUUUGGAGGACAGACGACUGCAGCCAGGGGCCAAAUAUGGGAUGGAGGAGUGGGGAACGAAGCGAAGACUGACAAUCAGAGACAUUGGAGUUGAUGACGACGGAAUCUACCUCUGUGAGAUGCCAGAUGGGGGUAGAAGUAUAGCUGAAGUAGCUGUAAAAGGCACAAUCUUGCGAAAGCUUCCAAGAAAAGUGGAUGUCUUGGAAGGUGAAAAUGCUGCCUUUUGUGUUGAAGUGGAGAAAGAAGAGAUGGACAUACAUUGGUACAAGGAUGGCAUUGAGCUGCGUGAAACCCAUCAGACCAUUCUCAAGUCCUUUGGUCGAACUCAUAUCCUGGUUUUUGUCAAUACAAUGCCCCAAGACUCUGGCCUUGUGACCUUUCUUGUGGGCAGGUCCAAGACCUCAUCUCAGUUAAGAGUAAAAGCGGCCCGACAUUGUCCCCCGAGUUGUCCAGUGGGAGUUCAGAUCAACACAGAGCGUGCUAAUGCAGCUCUUCUCUCGUGGGUUCCUGCUCCAGAUUCUCGAAAGAACCCUCCAUCUGGUUACGUGCUUGAACGACAAGAAGUAGGAACUGGUUCACAGGAGUGGCUGCAGUGUCUGACCACUGACUCUGCAACCUCAGUGGAGAUCCUUGGCGACAGUGUCCCAUGUGAAGCAGAUUAUCGUUUUCGCAUUUGUAGUGUAAAUAAAUAUGGAAAAAGCAAUAAUGUUGAGUUCCCAAGAACUGUUCACUUAGUUCCUGUAGCCAGAAUUCAAGCUCCUUUACAGGAUGCCCUGGUGCCAGAGGGACAAGAUGCUCUUUUCACCAUUGAGCUUUCCGCUUCAGUUAUUGGUACAUGGUUCCUAAAUGGUACUCAGCUUCAAGACGAUGAACGUUUCUCCCUCCGUAGAUCAAGAACCCACCAGUCUCUUCGUAUUCGAGGAGUACGUGACACAGACAAUGGAGCAGAAAUUACAUUCAUUGCUUAUGGCAUACGGGAUUCAGCAGCACUGUACAUCCAAGCUCCCCUUGUCAAGUUUUCACCACUUUCCGAAAUGGAUCGAAACAAGUUUGUAGAGGUUGGAAACCCCAUUGUGCUCUACUGUGAGCUCUCUGAUAGUGCUGCUCCAGUGCACUGGUACAAGAACGGCAUAGAAUUACAAACCGUGGAAGGUCUUCAUAUUCAAUCUGAGGGCACAAUGAGACGAAUUGUCAUCCAAUCGGCAGACUUCUCACAUUCAGGAGUGUACUGCUGUGAUGCCAUUGAUGAUGUAAUCAGGUUUAAUGUGGAAGUGGAGGCCCCACCUGUGAGGUUUACAGCAAUUCCAGAUGCAGAAAGGAACAAAACCAUCGAGGCUGGCCGGCCAUUUGUUUUACAGUGUGAGCUCUCAGAUCCUUCUGCCCAGGUGCACUGGUACAAAGACGGAUCGAAGCUCAAUCCUCAAAAUGGAGUGGAUGUCAAAGCUGAAGGCUUGGCGAGGAAACUGGUUGUCAGUUCAGCAGAAGCUGCGCACUCUGGCGUGUACUGCUGCAAGACAAAGGGUGACGCCAUCACCUUCAGUGUGGAGAUCACAGCUCCACCCAAGAAGUUCUCAGCUAUUCCUGAAGAUAUGAAGAACAAGUUGAUUGAAGCUGGCAGCCCUAUAGUACUCCAGUGUGUGGUGUCGGAUCCUGAGGGCCAGGUGUGCUGGUACAAGGAUGAAAUGAAGCUUAUUCCCAGUUUUGGAUUAGAAAUCCACUCAGUGGGCAACACAAGAACAUUAGUUAUUCAGUCUGCCGAGCCGUCCCACUCUGGUUUGUACAGAUGCGCCACACAGGAUGAUACCGUGGAAUUUCAAGUGGAGAUCAAAGCUCUACCUGUGGCAUACUCUACUAUCUUUGACGGUGAGAGAGCCGAGUCACUUGAAGUGAGGAACCCUUUGAAGCUGGAAUAUGAGGUUGCAGACUCUACAGUCCCAGUCUGCUGGAAUAAUGAUGGUAAACAGAUCCACCCACAAAAACGUUGGGAUAUACAAAGUAAUGGCGCAACAACUGGACCCAUUUUCCCACCCCCUGAGCUCUUGCACUCAGGAAAAUACUGCAGCAAAACCAUUGAGGCUACUAUGCACUUCUCUGUGGAUGAUAAAGCUCCAACAUUGUCGCCCAACCGGGACGUUGGGCAGUUCCAGACACUCCAAGCAACCUGUCCAAUUGAACAAGUUGGUGAAAGCCCAGACCCUGCAGACCAGGUGUCUUGGCAAAAGGAUUCAGAAUCCUAUUCAAGCAAAAAAUUUGAUUUUGAAAUGAGAGAGAUCAAGGAGACUCUUGUGAUUGAACCAACUCAUCCUUCAAACUCUGGAGCAUACUACUGUGCAACAGCAGAUGAUGUGGCCAAAUUAAUAGUAGAAAAUCAAGUGUCCCCAUCAACAUAUUUACCUGACCCUGACGAGAAGAUCAAGUCAAGCGAAGAACCCUACCCAAUUGUUCAGCAGUUUGAGAUUUCAGAUCCCAUUGCUAAAGCUUGCUGGUACAAAGACGGAACCCAGAUAUAUCCUAAAAGAGAAGCUGGCAGCGAAGAGCACAGCCAAAUCUUGCCCCUUGAGUCCCAAUACUUGUCUGAUGAUGGCAAGUUUGGCUGUGAUGCAUCUGAUGGUGUACAGUUAAAAGAGGACAUGAAAGCAGAGCAGUGUCACUCGGGUGAUGAGAUUGGUGAGAUAGCUGAUGCAUCAGCCCAAUACUCUGUGGAAGUCAAAGCUACAUCGCCAAGGCUCUCUUCUGACCAAGAAAGGAACAAGUCUACAGAAGAGCCUCACUCUGACCAAGAUAUCCAGAUGUCCCCACAAUGCAAUUCUGGCAUCUUCACUGGAAAUGGGAGAGAUGAAGUCAAUGCUGAGUAUAUGCCAACCUCUCAGCCAACAUUUAAUUUUACGGCCGACUGCAGUACCAUUAAAUCCCACCUCAAGUUUGUACAAACUGAACAUAACUCAGACGACUCUGUUCCGUCAACACAGAUAAAUCACUCUCAGAAGAAGCCAACUGAGCAACUAGAGAGAGGUAACCUCCGUAAGACAUUAGACACCAUGACGGAGAGUUCAAGCAUCUUACAGGCUUCAACGGCUGAACCACAAAGGUUUCGUGCAGCCUUAGAGAAUGGAACUCAUCAGCAAGAAGAAUGGUUUGAACCCUUAAAAAGUUCAAACGUAACACGAGAAGAGUCCUCAAAAUCCAUACGGACAACUACUGUCCAGUCAGAAGGGGAUUAUGGGUCAAUUGAAAUACCAGCUGCUCUUCCAGAAAAGCUUCCAGAUUGUUCGCUGUCUGGAAGCGCCCUCUUUUCAAGGCCAAAUAACUGUGUAACGACAUCAAUUGACCAGUCAGAGGAUCUAAAGCUGGCCAGGGACUCAUCAGUUGCACUCUCAGGGAAUUUUUCAAAUGCAACAUCAUCACAUUUAUGUGCAAAUAAUGAGAUAGAAUCUCUCCAAUCUGAACAUCUUAAGUCAACGACCUAUGUCAAAUUGGAUAACCUUAAUUAUAUAGGACAGACGAUAUCCAAACUUCCAGAGAUGCUAUGUCUGUUAGAUAAGGGGGAAACUGUACAACAAGUGCAUCAUCAGAACAUGGAGCCUACAGAAGACCAAACGGACCAAUCAAACGACUGUGGUGAAAUUUCUACCACUUACUUUCCAGACAAUUAUGAUGCCAAGCAGACAUCUGAGGCACAAUCAGAGACGAUUUAUCUAUCAAGAACACAUGACAGCCCCUGGAGUGACAGUGUUACUGCUAAUAAGGUGGCUGUUGAAGCAUCGCCAACUGUGCCUGUGAGAAUCACAACUCUUCGUGAGGCUGAGAGGAACAAGACUGUUGAAGUUGGUGAACCCAUUGAGCUACGAUGUGAGAUAUCAGAUCCUUUUGCUCCAGUAACUUGGUAUAAGGAUGGAAUAAAACUAUGCGAAGCAGCUGGGCACAAUAUGGUCACAGAGGGCUGCCUAAGAACACUGGCUGUCCAAUCAGCGAUGCUGUCUCAUGCAGGGAUUUACAGCUGCAAGACCUCAGAUGAUUCAGUAGAGUUUUAUGUGGAUGUUAAAGCUCCUCCUCUGACAUUUGCGACUCUGUCUGAGGCUGACCAGAGGAUGACAGUCCUAGCUGGCUCGCCAAUUGCUCUACAAUGCGAACUGUCAGACCCCUCUGGACAAGUCAGUUGGUACAAGGACGGAAAGAAGCUCCUAGCUCAAAGCGGAGUAGACAUCCAGUCACAGGGAAAUUUGAGGAGUCUGGUAGUGCCAUCGGCUGAGCGAGCUCAUACCGGUGUGUACCGGUGCGAGUCAAAGGAUGAUGACAUCCAGUUUUCUGUGGAAGUAAAAGGCCUACCUGUGAAGUUCACGAAGCUGGAGGAGAAGGACAGGAACAGGUCCAUCGAAAAGGGCGACCCUCUGGUCCUUUGCUGCGAACUCUCUCAUGACCCUUCGGCUCAUGUCGACUGGUAUAAGGACGGAAUGAGGCUUGGGUCUUUGGACCGGGCAGAAAUUAAGUCGGAUGGUCUGACAAGGACCCUACUCAUCCCAUCAGCUGAAAGCAUCCAUGCUGGAAUCUAUCAAUGUUCAACAUCAGAUGACAGCAUUACCUUUAAAGUGGACAUAAAAGACCACUCGCCAAGGAUCACGGCAACCCCACUGUCAGAAAAAUAUGCGAAGAUUAGGGUUGGUGCUCCGAUAAUCCUGCAGUGUGAGGUGUCAGACACUGCUGCUCAGGUUUCCUGGUUUAAAAACGAGGAGGAGCUGUUCUCCAGAACAGGCCUUGACAUGAAAAGAGACGGCAGUCUGAGGAAGUUAACAAUUCACUCAGCCAAGCUCUCUGAUUCUGGCCUCUACAGCUGCAGCCUCGCUGAUGAGGCUGUGGCCUUUCACGUGGACGUUGAAGCUCCUCCUGUGAGGUUUUCAAAACUGCCAGAGGUUGCAAGAAACAAAUGUGUAGGAGCAGGCUGCCCAAUUAAGCUGCAGUGUGAAGUCUCAGAGCCCGCUGCUGAAGUUCACUGGCAAAAAGAUGGAGAACGGCUUCUGCCAACAAGUGAAUAUGAAAUCCAAACAAGUGAAAAGCUGAGAGCGCUGCUGAUUCAGUCAGCUGAAGUCAGGCACUCUGGGCUGUACAGCUGUGAGGCUGCAGAUAACCGUAUACAAUUCAAGGUGGAUGUUGCAGCUGUUCCAGAGGCUGAGAGGAGCACAUCUGUUAAGGCAGGCAACCUGGUCAAAGUGCAUUGUGAGAUCUCAGACGAUGCUGUCCAGACCUGCUGGUAUGAGGACGGGAUAGCACUCUUGCCACAAUCGAAUUUAGAGGUCCAAUCAGACCCCGAUAAGGGAACACGGGUGACGGAGUCGGACCCGUCGUCAGAUUCUGAGGUCUAUGAAAGUAAAGCUGAUGACGAUGAUAACGAUUUCAAGGUGAAAGCGCCACCAGUAACAUUUGCCGAAGUCCCAGAGAAGGACCUUUUCCGUAGUGCUGUGGAACAGGAGCAGCUUGUUCUGUCGUGUGAAGUGUCAAGGGCUGACGGUGUUGUCCAGUGGUACAAAGAUGGGACUGAAAUACAACCAAGCAAUAAUGUUGUAAUGGAAGCGGAGGGAGCCGAGAGAAAUCUGAUAAUAAAUUCAGCCCAACUGUCUGACACCGGCACGUACACGUGCCGUACGGGAGAUAAUAUUUUAAUAUUCAAGGUCAACAUAAGAGAGCCUCCUGUGAUGAUCGUCUACCCCAAGGAAGAUGUCCACCUUGACCGUCAUGUACCUGAGGAAAUAAUUCUCAGCUGUGAACUUUCUCGCCCCAACGGUGUUGUUGGCUGGUUCAAGGAUGGCCAAAAGCUGCAAGAGAGUGAGAACAUCAAGCUGAAGUCAGAAGGACCUUACAGAAGACUGAAGAUCCUUUCUAGCAGAGUCGAAGACUCCGGGGAAUACGUUUGUGACACAGCUGACGACUCGAUAUUCUUUCAUCUUAACAUCACGGAACCUCCGGUGCAAAUUAUAUCGCCAAGUCAGUCCCAAAUGGAGCUGUGUCAGCAGACCUCUGAGCGGAUGGUACUGAGCUGUGAGAUCUCACGGCCCAACGCAGUGGUACGGUGGUACCGAGACGGACUCGAGGUGGAGGAAAGUGAGAAUCUUAUACUAGAAGUGGACGGUGUCUACAGAAGACUCAUUAUACCCGAGACAACCGUCAAAGAUUCUGCGGAAUACGUUUGUGACACAGGAGAUGAUUCUGUGACAUUUUUUGUGAACAUAGCAGAACCUCCAGUACGGUUUGUGCGCCCACGGAAGAUGGCGAGCAAGGUGGAGAGAGUGGUUGGUGAGACUCUGGUUCUAGACUGCGAGGUUUCACGAUCAAAUGCUGAAGUGACCUGGAAGAAGAAUGGAGAAGAGGUGGAGGACUCCAGAAAAGUCACAAUCCUUGAAGAUGGCAUCACACGUCAGUUGACUAUUCAUUCAGUAACAGCGGAGGACGCCGGGCAGUAUGUCUGUGACGCAAAAGAUGAUGUCAUGGAUUUCAACGUAAAAGUGCAAGAGCUGCCGGUCAAAAUUCUGGGAAAAACAGACGCAAAGGCAGAAAAACAGUUUCUAGCUUCAGACGAUAUUAUUCUAGUGUGUGAACUCUCGAAAGCCAAUGCAUCGGUCUGCUGGUACAAAGAUGGUCAGCUUAUUGAUGACACCAGGAGAUACUGUUGUGAAGAGCAAGACGUUUUCCGGUCCCUGGUUGUCCUAAAUGCUGCACUCGAAGAUUCAGGAGAGUAUACCUGCGAUGCAGGAGAUGACAAGAUGUCUUUUAACAUCACUGUGAAAGAACCUCCUGUGCAGAUUAUUGGAAACUCAGGACACCCAGAGCAUCACGUGAUGGUAGCAGGAGAUGAUCUUAUCCUGGAGUGUGAAGUGUCCAGACCGAACGCAGCAGUCGAGUGGAUACGAAAUGGCCAGAUACUCAAACCAAGCGAUCGGAUAAAUAUUGACAGCUAUGAUGUUGUGAGGAAGCUUGUCCUCUCUGGACUUCAGGCCUCAGACUCAGGAGAAUACGUCUGUGAUGCCACCGAUGACAAGUUAGUCACAGUUGUGGAAGUGCAAGACCCCCCAGCGAAGUUUCUUAAUAAAAAAGCAGAGAACAACAUCUCGGCUUGUGAAAAUGAGAGCGUCACACUGUGUGCCAUUGUGAGCGAUGAAAGAGCUAAUGUUCGUUGGCUGAAAGAUGGCCAGCUGUUGAAUAAAGACAACAUUCAUAUCUCCAAUGAGGGUAAAACUCAUAAGCUCACCAUUAAUCCUCUGCAGCUGUCAGAUUCUGGAGAAUAUGUCUGUGACGUGAGCACGGACGAAAUGCAUUUCACUCUUUUAGUCCAAGAAAUGAAGGUGAAAUUCACUAAACGUCUAGAGAGUGUGGUUUCUCAGAAAGGUAAAAUUCUUACAAUGCAAUGUGAGGUCAACAAGCCCAAAGGAGACGUCCAGUGGCUCAAAGACGGCAAAGAGAUAACGGCCAGUCGCCGCUGCACCAUACGGGCACAGGGCAGAGAGCGGAGCUUGACCAUCCACCACCUAGUGGACGAAGAUGCUGGAGAGUACGUCUGUGAAUCCACAGACGACCGAACAGUAGCCACGGUCAAGGUCGAAAGCCCCCGUGUUGUCGAGUUCAUUGCGGAGCUUCGUAACAUCACCAUCUGCGAAGGGGAAGAUGCCGUUUUCAAGUGCAUGGUCUCACCAGCCGACACCAAGUUGCUUUGGCGCUUGAACGGCAAGAAGGUGGCUCUGAACGAGCGCACGGUCAUUUCCUGCAACGGACUGUGCCACAUGCUCUGCAUCAGCAACUGCCUGGUCUCAGAUGGCGGCAGGGUGACAGCUGAUGCAGAGGGGGUGGUGUCAGAAGCAGAGCUGCAGGUCCAAGAGCAACAGGCGCUGUUCACAAAGAAAAUGACAGCAGUUGUAGCUGAGGAGUACAGCGAGGCAACUCUGGAGGUGGAGGUGAGUCUAGAGGCAGCAGAGGUGCAGUGGAUGAGGCAAGGGGUCCUGAUCCAUCCCGGCGCCAAGUACACCCUGAAACACAAGGGCCCAAAGCACACGCUCACCAUUCACAAGGUGGCCCUAUCCGACCGAGGCACCUACAGCUGCGAAACCCUCCACGACCGCACGCAGGCCCAGCUCGCCGUGGAGCCACGGAAAAUCACUAUCAAGAGAGGGCUAACAGACAUUAAAACCACAGAGAGAGAAACGGCCUCCUUUGAAGUGGAGCUCUCCCAUUCCAACGUCCCGGGAACCUGGAUCAGAAACGGAAUCCAGCUCAAGCCCACGAAUCACUUCCGUAUGAGCGCCAAGGGAGAAGUUCACAGCCUCACCAUCUCCAACCUUUCAGUGGAAGACACGGGCACCUUUGUGUUCACUGUAGAGAAUCUGAAAACAUCUGCAAGGCUUGUUGUGAAGGAGCCUCCAGUCAGUAUCAUCAGGAAGCUGGAGGACCAGAAAGUUCCUGAUGGCUCUGUUAUCUCUUUUGAUUGUGAGCUCUCGAGACACAACGUUGAUGUGAAAUGGAUGAAGGAUGGACUUGAAGUGAAGCCAAGCAAAGAUCUACGCAUUUAUGCAAUGGGAAGGAAGCGCUUUCUCCAGAUAAUGAAAUGUCGCACCGCUGACUCUGGCACGUACACAUGCGAUGCUGGUGAUGCCGUUACAUCCUGCACAGUGGAGGUCUAUGAGCGAGAGCUGUUGGUUCUGCAGGGCCUUGAAGAUCUGGACAUCCAGGAAGACCAGAAUGCCGUCUUUGUUUGUGAGAUCUCUGUAGAGGACGUUCCAGGUGAAUGGUACAAAAACGGGGAACGCAUACAACCCACCAGCACCGUCAAGAUCCGGCAGGAAGGAACAAAACAUUUUCUUCUCAUGUGUAAUGUGCGACCAGAAGACUCCGGGGAGAUCAAGUUUGUGGCAAGAAAUGUUGAAUCUGCUGCUUACCUGGAGGUGGAAGAGCUUCCGGUCAACAUCGUAAAACCCCUGCAGGAUACGACCGCCCUGGAGAAAAGCCGUGUCCUCCUGGACUGCACGGUGUCUAACCCCAGAUGCAGCAUCCGCUGGUACAAAGGCUGUAACGUCAUCCUGCCCUCUGAGCGCUUCGAGAUCUGCAGCGAAGGCUGUUACCGCAAACUGAUCAUCCAGCAGGUGGCGCUGGAGGAUGAAGGAACGUACAGUGUGCAGGUCGGAGAUUAUACAUGCUCGGCCAAACUGAAUGUGGAAGCCCAGUCUCCGCUGAUGGUCCGGGAGCUGAAAGAUGUGGAGGUGUCGGCCCACGGCGAAGCCUGCUUUGAGUGCGAGGUCUCGGUGCCGGUCCUCAGAUCCCCGGCGUGGAGUCUGAACGGGGAGCCCCUGCAGCCGAGCUCUCGGGUUCUCCUGGAGAAGAUGGGAACGGUGCACAGGCUGAGGCUGCGGCAGGCCACCCCUGACAUGAGCGGCGUGGUGGAGUUCUCCUCCGGGAAAGCAAGAAGUCAAGCCCAGCUUCGAGUAGUGGGGAAUCCCUGAAAGAGACGGCAAAUCUGCACUCCUCCAAGAUGGCUUGACCUACACGCUUUAACAACGCUCCGCUGACAUCGCUUAUUGAUUGGGUGCCUUUAAAAGCAGCUUCAACAGGGUUGACUAAUUGUUGAAUUCAAAUGUCCUGCUCUCUGAAACUUAUCACAAGAUUGUAUUUCAAAGUGUAUCUUUUAUCAUUGUAGAAACUCAAGCUGUCCCUGUAAAUAUCUCCGUUAAAGCGAUUGGGCGGCAACCUGUUGGUUAAAGCUGACUCAAAAUGUCUGUUAUUAUCCUUAAACAGCCAUAAGUCUAAGAAUAUCUAAAAGACAUGUUUAUGGUUUGAUUCCGGUGAUCCAGCAUGGGUGUGUUAUCAUUUUAAAUGCUCAAUGUUUUAAUUUACAGCAGAACCGAACUUGACUGCAUUGCUUAGAACUAGGAUUGGAAUGUAUGUAAUUAACUUUGGUUCUGUCAGUUUGAUUGAAUUGACGAUACAUUUCUGUAUAUAAACUGGAUUUUCUUUCUUUCUUUUUUUUGUAAAGGGAUUUGAAAUGUUUGUUGUGAUGUAGUGCUACUUAAACUGAAAUGAACUGUAUGGAAUUAAAUUAAUAUGCUAUAUUAUAUCUGAAACAAAACUAACUUAAAGCUGUUUACUGUUGUAUGCGCCUGGAUGUAGACACAGUGCUGUAAUGUACUGACUGCUCAUAAUUACCCCACAAAAACCCACAUCAAGAAAACGGAGGUAGGCGAAACCCUCUACAACUUUAAUCCAAUGUUUUUCAAACUGCUUAUGAAUUAAACAACCUGUGGUCUCAGACCUCAUUUUUCUAAGUCCAAAACUGACAUUUUUCCUCAAUGUUUUAUUUAAUUCAUUUUGUAGUAGAACUUCGGAACAUAAACACAUGUGCAAAAUCUCUUCAUAUGCAACUUAGAUCUUUAGACUACUACUUUGAACUAUGUCUUUGCAAACAACAUGGAGUCAAUAAAACAAGUUUUAAUUCUGUUCAAGAAAGAUAUUCUUAACACCC